GUUAAUAAAAUCGUGGAAAAUCUUGGAUUAACCAAAUGCCUUGAAACACCUGUAGAAAAAUUAAGUGGCGGUGAAAAGAAAAGACUUUCGAUUGGUAUUGAAAUUGUUACAAAACCAGCUGUUUUACUUUUAGACGAACCAACUAGCGGUCUCGAUAGUUCAUCAUCUAAUCAGAUCAUCAACAUGUUGCACUCGAUGUCAAAUUCAGAAUGUACGGUAGCCUGUGCUGUUCAUCAACCAAGCAGUCAAAUGAUUUCACAAUUCGAUACCAUGAUAGUUAUGAAUCAAGGUACAACUGUAUAUUGCGGACCUCGUGAAAAUGUUUUGGACACUUUCAAGGACGCUGGAUACGUUUGUCCAGAUUUUUAUAAUAUAGCUGAAUUCGUUCUCGAAGUUGUGACUGAUCAACGUGGGGGAGAUUUGAAUAAUCUUAAAAAAAUCAAUUCGGAUAAAUACAAUGAACGUAAAUCGAAAAAUGUAUUGUACAAUACGAGUGGUGAUACAACUGAUACCAUUGUAAAUACGGAAUUAUCGGAAAUUUAUGAGAAAAAUAAUUUAACAAAUGAUAAAUAUCGUGAACAAUCCAUGUGGCAACAAUUACAAAUUUUAUUAUUACGGUCUUUUAUAUGUAUAAUACGUGACAAUACUAUGACAAAACUAAGACUGGCCGUGCACAUAAUAAUCGCACUUUUAUUGGGCUCUAUAUUUUAUGAUUUUGGUAAUGACGAUGAUAAAGUUAGAAGUAAUAUUUCUUGCAUCUUUUUCUUUUUACUAUUUUUAUUUUUCGCCAACUCCAUGCCAGUUGUACAGAUAUUUCCUACCGAGGCAUCGGUAUUCUAUCGAGAACAUUUAAAUAAUUGGUAUCAAUUAAUGCCUUAUUAUAUAUCAAAAAUAAUCUCAGAUUUACCUUUACAGUUACUCUGUCCUACUUUUUUUUUUGCUAUAGCAUAUUAUCUAACCGGUCAACCAAUGGAAUGGAAUAGUUUUAUGAAAACUGGGUUAAUUUGUAUCCUGCAUACUAUUCUUGCUCAAUCAGUUGGAAUAGCAGUAGGUGCAGCAUUUAAUACUGAUAUCGGAACUUUCCUUAUUCCUGCAUUGAGCAUACCGAUGUUCCUAUUCGCAGGUUUUUUUUUAAAAAUCAAUGAAAUUGCAUGGUUUUAUCAACCAUUAUGUUCAAUCAGUUUCUUCAGGUAUGCAUUCGAAGGUAUCAUGCAAAGCAUUUACAGUCUUGAUAAAGAAUCUUGCAUGGAAAUAUAUUGUCGUUGGGAAUUAUCGGAAAAAAUUGUAUCAGUAAUGGGCAUGAGAUUGGUCAAGUUUCAAACUGUCAUCAUUGUUUUAAUUGCAUGGAUUUGUUCUCUACACGUUAUUAUAUAUUGCACGUUGCGAUGGAAAUUACAUUGCGUUAGAAAAUAAUUGUUUUGUUUGUUUUUAUCUCUCUUCUCGGUAUAAAUAAGUAGGCUUGUAGAUAAAAACAUACAUUUACAAGAAGUACUUAAAUAGAUAGUGUUGCUAAUGGUAAACAAAAGGUAUUCGAUAAUAUAUAUUUAAAAUAGAGAAAGAUAGAUAGAGAGAGAGAGAAAAUAAAGAAGGAAUAAUUUAUUUUCACAACGAAAAGAAACAUAUGAAAUGUUUUUAAAUAAAAUAUAUAUAUAUAUAUGUUGACAUCUCGUUACCGUAACGUAUAGUUGAAAAGUAAACGUUACUGGGACCAAUUAUUACAACUAAUUAUAGUAACUAUUAACUCUAAGACUUUAUUUCUUUUUUUAUACAAGAGUGCUUUUUAUUUUUUAUUACAAUCGUUAUAUUUUAUUCUUUUUUUUUUAUAAGGAGUAUCACAUGUUAUCCUAUUCAGAGCAAUAUAGUUUUUGUAAAAUCAUUUAAUAGUAAAACAGUUUGAGGGGGGAUCAAUUUUAAAUAUUCGGAUAUAUAUAUAUAUAUAUAUGUAUAUAUAUUAAAAUAAAAGACAGACGACUAUAUGUACAAAGUCAAUUAAUAACUUUUGUGCUAAAGAGUAAUUACAUAAUGUUAUAUUUCUUAAAUGGGAAGAAGAUGGUUUAUAUUUUGUUACUAUU